GACUACAUCACUUCUGUUACAUGUGCAUUACUACUCAUUUAAGAAUGAUUGUCCUUGUUGCGCUCAUUACCUCACCUACAACCAUAUCUUUCCUAAUGUUUUGCUAAAUAAGGUUUGCUCAUCUUUACUUUAUCUUUUCUGGUGUUUCGGGUGCUUUCUUUCUUAGAAAACAAAGCUUUUGUGUUCAUAUAUAAUGUUCAAGCUCGUUUACAGCUUUACAAGUAUUGAACGAAUGAUGUAGUUAUUGGAGAGAACUUAUGCUCGUCAAGUAGCCAAGACUGCAUCACCUUAUGAACAUCUUCGCCAGGCAUUACAACAGGGUUGUGGAGUGUCAUUUACGGUGGUAGAUGGCCUUAUGGCCCUCCUUGCAGAGAAAACGAGAAAGAUGGAGCAAGAAGAAGCAGAUACAAAUAUGCGAAUUUUACUUGACUUCUUGUAUUGCCUCAGCAAGCAAAAGCUUGAUGAUCUCAAUGAGAUUCAAACAGAUCUCCAGUACAUUGAGGAGGACAUAAAUUAUGUGGAGAAGAAAAGAAUACAGUUAUCCAGGGAAAAUGACAGAUUCUCACUGAAACUUGGGAUGUUCGCUGAUGAUCCAAAUUCUAAGUUAGUUACUCAAUCAGGACCAAAUGCAUCUAAAAAGAAAUGGGUCCGUGCAAAGCUCAAUGCUUUGCAAGAAUGUUACUUGCAAAAGCGUCGAAAUUGGGUUAGACAAGCAUGUAAAGAGCAAGAGAGGGGUACAGAUACUUCAAAUAGAGAAGGAUACAAUCCAGGCCUUGAGGAUUUCCAAUCUGUGCUAACCAAUUUCACUCGAUGCAGUCAAUUUAGGGUUGUCGCUGAACUUAGACAAGGUGACCUUUUCCACUCUGCUAACAUCGUGUCUAGUAUAGAAUUUGAUCGUGAUGAUGAACUGUUUGCUACUACUGGAGUUUCUAGGCGCAUUAAGAUUUUUGAGUUUUCCAAAGUCAUGAACGAACCGGAAGAUGUGCAUUGUCCUGUUGUCGAAAUGUCCACGCGAUCUAAACUCAGUUGCGUGAGCUGGAACAAGUAUAUGAAAAAUCAUAUUGCUAGCAGUGAUUAUGAGGGGAUAGUAACCGUGUGGGAUGUAACUACUCGCCAGAGCAUAAUGGAGUAUGAGGAGCACGAAAAGCGAGCUUGGAGUGUUGAUUUUUCACAGAAUGAACCUUCAAUGCUUGUAUCUGGGAGCGAUGACUGCAAGGUCAAAAUUUGGUGCACAAAGCAAGAGGCAAGUGUUCUCAACAUUGAUAUGAAAGCAAAUAUCUGUUCUGUCAAGUAUAAUCCUGGAUCCAGCAUUCAUGUGGCGGUGGGAUCUGCUGAUCAUCAUAUUCACUAUUAUGACUUGAGAAACAUUAGCCAACCACUUUACGUGUUUAGGGGGCAUCGGAAAACUGUUUCAUAUGUAAAAUUUCUAUCUAGUGACGAACUGGCUUCUUCAUCUACUGACAGCACAUUGCGCUUAUGGGAUGUGAAGGAAAAUCUAGCACUGCGUACAUUUAGAGGCCAUACGAAUGAGAGAAACUUUGUGGGUCUUACGGUGAAUAGUGAAUACAUUGCUUGCGGCAGCGAAACGAAUGAAGUGUUUGUGUAUCACAAGGCCAUCUCUAAACCUGCAGCUUCGCAUAGAUUUAGUACAGAUUUGGAGAAUGGUGGCGAUGAUGCUAGAUCAUACUUCACUAGUGCUGUGUGUUGGAAGAGUGAUAGCCCUACAAUGCUAACUGCAAAUAGUCAAGGAACCAUUAAAGUGCUUGUUCUUGCUGCUUGAAUAAUUGAACUCUUCGAAUCCUACUCAAGAUUAACUAUGUACAUACCCAGAUAAAGAAUGAGUUUUGCUGUGCUACUGGCAAGUGACAUGCAUAUUGCUGUAGUCAUUUUCUUUAGUCUUUUGUUAAGGCUAUGAAGAAGCCUCUAGUCAUGUUGGGUUUCCUAGUGAUUUCAUUUCGUUUGUCGAAUGGGAUCUUCUACCAAGGAGUUGAAUCGACUUCCAUUCCUUGUCUACAA